CAUUAUGACAUUUCAGUUGGUUACCAUGGAAAUCAAUGCAGAUGUUCUAUACUGUGAUCUCUUGUCUGCCUCCAAUGGCUAGAGGAAGGCUGUGAGGGGGAGACCAUCUUUCCUCUUUGGUCUAAGGUGUGUGAAGAAGAGACAGAGAGAGGACAGACUAGUUUCACUGAAGGUUAACUGGGCUGGAAAGCUCCAUGCCAUGUCACAGAAGAGUGACCCCUCCACCUCCAGGAGGAGUGAUGUCCAGCACAUCUACAAGGGCUACGCCUCCAAACAUGGCGACCUCCUCACCGCACCCGCCCUCCUCAUGUUCCUCCAACAGGAACAGAUGGAGACAUCAGCCAAUCAGGAGACUGCUGAGGCCUUGAUUGACAGAUAUGAGAUAGAUGACACAGCCAGAGCAGAGAAGAGGAUGACAUUCGAGGGCUUCUUCAGGUUCAUUGAGUCCAAAGACUGCUGUGUGUUUGACCGUAACCAUACAGUAGUCUACCAGGACAUGAAGCAGCCGCUCUGCCAAUACUUCAUCUCUUCCUCUCACAACACCUACCUGACCGGAGACCAGCUGGUGGGGAAGAGCCACCUGGACGCCUAUAUCAGUGCUCUAAGGAAAGGCUGCCGGUGUCUGGAGAUUGACUGCUGGGAUGGUCCAGACCAUGAGCCCAUCGUCUACCAUGGCUACACGCUCACCAGCAAGAUCCUCUUCAAAGACGUCAUCUCCACCGUGAAGGACUACGCCUUUGCGGCGUCUCCUUACCCAGUCAUCCUUUCCCUGGAGAACCACUGCAGCCGGGGGCAGCAGGAGGUCAUGGCCCAUUACCUCACCUCCAUCCUGGGAGACACGCUGCUGGAUACCAGCCUACCCCUGGAUGAGCCCCCCCUUGGAGAGCUGCCAAGCCCUGAUGACCUGAAGUAUAAAAUUCUCAUUAAGAACAAGAAGCUGAGCCCUGACCCAGAGGCGGAGGCUGAGGCCGAGCAGAGCGAGGCAGCCACGCCUGAGCCAGAGCCGGCCGAACUUGAGCCAGAUCCUGAGCUGGAUGCAGAGGAGAGCGGAGAGGAAGAGGACGCAGAUGAGGAUGAGGAGGAAGUGCCGGCCAAGAAGAGCAAGAAGAAGAAAAAGAAGAAGGUUGUGGUAGCACAGGCCAUGUCCGACUUGGUCAUCUACACCAAGUCUGUGAAGUUUAGAAGCUUCGCGCACUCUAGGGAGAGCCAGCAGUUCUACGAGAACACGUCAUUUGCAGAGAAAAAGGCCAAGAAGCUGGUGAAGCACUCAGGAGCAGAGUUUGUGCAGCACAACACACGGCUCCUGAGCAGGGUCUACCCAGCCGGCUCCCGCACCCGCUCCUCCAACUUCAACCCCCAGGAGUUCUGGAACGCCGGCAUCCAACUCGUGGCGCUCAACUUCCAGUCCUUUGGCUCCGGCAUGGACUUGAACAAUGGGCGUUUCCAGGACAACGGGGGCUCGGGCUACGUUCUGAAGCCCCAUUUCCUGCGCGCUAGCGAGACCAGCUUUGAUCCAAACGCUUCCACACACAACCUGAGGCCAGCACAGCUCCUGUUGAAGGUGAUCAGUGCGUCCAACCUGCCGGCCCCCAGGACAGGUAAGGAGCUGGACCCCUUUGUCAGGGUGGAGGUCUUCGGGGCCGUUUCCGACUGCUGCAAACGGCAGACUGACGCAGUCAAGCACAACGCUCUUAAUCCUCGGUGGGGUGUUCCGAUGAACUUCACCAUCGCCGUGCCAGAGCUGGCCCUAAUCCGGCUGUCCGUCCGUGACCAGAUCGGACUCCUCAAGAACGAGCUUGUCGGCCAGUACACCCUCCCCUUCACCAGCAUGAAGAAAGGUUACCGCUGGGUUCCAGUCCUGUCUCGUGAAGGCCUCAGCCUGGACCCUGCCUCUCUCUUCAUAUUUGUGUGGUAUGACUGAGGUCUGACUCCUCUUCAUAAAUACUUCGUACCCAGUAAAGGAUGCAGUCUAGAGUGAAUUUAAUGAGCACUACCAAAGAUGCUAAAUAAGAAGUCUUCCACCCUGUAAGUUUUUGUGGUAUGACUGAGCUCCAGCUCCUGUGAAGUCUUCAUCACUGAUGGGCACAACAGAUUCACGAGUCACAAUCCAGUGCCACAUAUUCCAAAUUACUUGUUUUACCUGUCCAAUGCAGCCAGGUGAUUGGCUGGUUGAAUGAUUACCAUGUUGAAUUGGACAGGUAAAACAUGGUCAUUUGGAAUAUGUGGCACUAAAUUAUAAUUACAUAAUGAAUCCAUUUUGCCCAUCACUGGUCUUCAUAAAAAAUACAUGCAUACUCAGUAAAUGUUGCAGUCAGACAGAGUCAACACUUAAAGAACAGUACCAAAGGCGCUAAAUAAGAAGAGUCUUCCACUCUCCAAGUGCUGAAUACAUGAAAAUUCAGAGUCAAACUGAACAGAGUGUGCAACAGCUCAAAGAUCCAUGCACAGCUUCUAUGUGCUGGCCACACCUGACAGGUCUCAGGUAAUGCCUGGGCGAACCUGAUGACGCACAGAGGUGAAAUACGUUGUUCACUCUGGAUAAACGAACAAAAAGUCAAACAAGUGUGCAGUAAACUUGUUUUCUUUUGAA